ACUAAGUUUUAUUUUUACAGAUUGUACAACGUCUCUAGGCCUAUGUAUGCGAACAAGAAAUCUGGUUCAAGUUAGUGGGUUUCCUAAAAUUGGACGGUACCCAAGGUUGUGUAUCGCGCCAGUGCAAUAUUGCACCAAUUGUCAACUCAUUUUGUGGACUAUAAGAGUUAAGUCAAACCUGUUUUUGACUAGUCAUACUUAAUUGCAAAUCACAACACGUAAAACGGCAAUAAUAUCUAAAGAAAUCAAAAUAACCAUUCCGUUGAGUAGUAACAAAUAACUUAUAUUUUAGAUGGCCGAACUAUUUUUAGACCCAUCUAUUCGAUCCUGGGUAUUCCUUCCUCUUGUAAUAAUUACUUUCCUCUUUGGGGUUUUACGUCAUUACAUGACUAUCAUGUUCACCAGUGAGAAAAAGGGUGAACUUGAGAAUAUCGGUGAUAGUCAUGCCUUAAUCCGCAGUAGACUUUUACGUGAAAAUGGAAGAUUCUUGCCCGCAAAAGCUUUUAAAAUGCGCAAGUAUUUCUUCAACGAUAAGGAGCAUGGGUUUUUUAAAACACAAAAGCGAGAAAGUCCAAUGAAUAAUCCAAUGGCUGACCCCUCAAUGGCAACUGAGAUGCUAAGAAGCAAUGCGCUCAAUAUGGUUCCAAUGAUUGUUAUUGGCAGCUGGAUCAACUGGGCUUUUUCAGGCUUCUUGACCACGAAAGUUCCAUUUCCACUCACUUAUCGAUUUAAGCCCAUGCUUCAAAGGGGCUGUGAGUCGCUUACUUCUCUGGAUGCAUCUUGGGUUAGCUCUGCAUCUUGGUAUUUUCUGAACAUAUUUGGCCUCAGAAGUAUGUAUGGUUUGGUACUUGGUUCGGACAACGCAGCUGAUAACUCGAUGAUCUUGCCAGAUCACCAAGUACCUACACCACAAGCUCCACAGGAUAUGCAGAAGGCGUUCAAGGCAGAAUGGGAAGCAUUGGAAGUAGUCGACCAUCAUUGGGCUUUAGCAGACUGUGAAACAAGAUUACUGAACAGAUUAUCUUGAUGCAUUCAAUUCUUCUUUAAAUGUCAAUAUACUCUGUUUUUCG